CAAUUUCUUUUUGUUCAGUUGAAAGGUGUUGGACUAUGGUUUGAAGAGAAUAUUGACUGUCCAAUCGGUUAAUACUUAUAGUUCUGAUCUAUUCUCACUUAAAAAAUUUCCAUAUUUUAAAUUUGUUUCAAUUUUUCAUAAAAAUUCAAAAUAGCAAUAUACAGUGAAUUUUGGUUGGUUAUACUGCGUUCAAAAAGGAAGUUGGCUGGCUUUCGUUCCUCCAUUUCCUUUCAGUUUAUCGGAUUGUGGUUAGGCACACGUUUCUCAAUUUUAUUACAAAAUGUCAAUAGCUGCGGCAAGGCCGCUAAUCUCGGUCUACAGUGAUAAAAAUGAGUCAACAGGAACAACAGUCUCAUUGCCUGCUGUUUUCAAGGCUCCAAUUAGGCCCGAUGUUGUAAACUUUGUUCACAUGAACAUCGCUAAAAAUCAUAGACAGCCAUACUGUGUGAACAAAGAUGCAGGACACCAGACCAGUGCCGAAUCAUGGGGAACAGGUCGCGCCGUGGCUCGUAUUCCAAGAGUGCGCGGAGGUGGUACUCACCGCUCGGGCCAGGGUGCUUUCGGCAACAUGUGUAGGGGAGGUCGCAUGUUCGCGCCUACUAAGACCUGGCGCAGAUGGCAUCGCAAGGUCAACGUCAACCAGAAGAGGUACGCCAUGGUCUCCGCCAUAGCCGCCAGCGGUGUUCCCGCCCUCGUCAUGUCCAAAGGCCACAUGGUUCAGGAUGUGCCAGAACUUCCCUUGGUUGUCAGCGAUAAGAUCCAAGAAUACAACAAAACCAAGCAAGCCACCAUCUUCCUUCACCGAAUCAAGGCUUGGAAUGACAUUCAGAAGGUAUACAAGAGCCGCCGAUUCAGAGCUGGCAAGGGUAAAAUGCGUAACCGCCGUCGCAUCCAGCGUAGAGGACCAUUGAUCAUCUAUAACCGUGAUCAGGGUUUGACAAAGGCAUUCCGCAACAUCCCCGGCGUGGAGCUGAUUAACGUGACGAAGCUGAACCUGCUGAAGCUGGCUCCCGGUGGUCACGUGGGCAGAUUCGUCAUCUGGACCCAAUCGGCGUUCGAGAAGCUGGACGCCCUCUACGGCACCUGGCGCAAGGCCUCCACCCUCAAGAAGGGCUACAACCUGCCCUUCCCCAAGAUGGCCAACAGCGAUCUGUCGCGUCUGCUCAAGUCCGACGAGAUCAAGAAGGUCGUCAAACCGCCACAGAAGGGAGUUGUGAGACGAGUGAAGAAAUUGAAUCCUCUGCGCAACACUCGCGCCAUGUUGAAAUUGAACCCAUUCGCCGCUGUGCUCAAGAGGAAGGCAAUCUUGGACGCCCAGAAGAGGCAGUUGCAGCGUGACAUCGCAGCCAAUGAGAAGCGUGGCAUUCCCCUGACUCCUCUGCAAGCGAGGCACGUUAAACUGAUGAAGGCGCGCCAGGAGUUGAUAAAGAAGGCGAAGGCUGCUAAGCCCAAGAAGGAGAAGAAACCCGUGAAGGCGAAGAAGGUGACCGGAGAGAAGGCAGCCAAGAAGACGGCUGCUGCACCCAAGGCUAAGGCAGCCGCACCUGCCAAGAAGCCAGCUGCUGCACCUGCCAACAAGUAGAUAGCUGUCUUACUUGACUAAUAAAUUCUUUUUUGAAACUGUU